AUGGGCAACACUUGCUCCUACAUCCUCGUCCAGCCGGGCGACGGAUGCGCCAGCUUGGCCUCCCGCUGCGGCAUCAGUGGCGCCGACUUCACCACAUACAACCCAAGUCCAACCCUAUGCUCGACACUGGUGCCCGGCCAACCCGUGUGCUGCUCAGCCGGCUCGCUCCCCAACCUGGCUCCCCAGCCCAACCCGGACGGGACAUGUGCCACUCACACCGUGGUGGCGGGCGACACGUGCUGGGACAUUGCCAACAAAAACUACAUCACCACGGACAACAUUGAGCAGUGGAACCUACAGACAUGGGGCUGGACCGGCUGCGACAACCUCCAGCUUGGCCCCAUCUGCAUUAGCACUGGCGAUCCGCCCAUGCCACCUACCAACGAGAACGCCCAGUGCGGCCCCACGGUUCCCGGGACGGCACGUCCGAGUUCCUGGUCCCAGAUCAGCUCUCUAAACCCGUGUCCCCUGAACGCAUGCUGCGAUAAAUGGGGCAUGUGCGGCAUCACGCCAGACUUCUGCACCCCGAGCCAGUCCAGCACGGGCGCCCCUGGGACUUCGGCGCCGGGCACGAACGGAUGCAUCUCCAACUGCGGCACGUCCAUUGUGAACAAUGGCUCCCCUGGCGGUUCCCUGCGCAUCGGCUAUUUCGAGGUUUUCGGCGUCGAUAGGGCCUGCUUGACGAUGGAAGCCGCCGACCUGCCCAAGGAAGGCUACACCCACGUGCACUAUGCCUUUGGCUCUAUUACGGAGGACUUUCAAGUCGACCUCUCGGCGUAUAUCGAGCAGUUUGAGAUCUUUGCUGCCUCGACGGGCUUCAAGCGCAUCUUCUCCUCCUCCGCAGCUCCAGGCCUACGUAGUGUGAAUUCGUACCCAAUCUUUCGCGAAGGCGUGACCGAUGCCAACCGCCUGACAUUUGCGCAAAGCGUCGUCGACACUGUCAAGAAGUACAACCUGGACGGGGUUGACUUUGACUGGGAGUACCCCGGAGCUCCAGACAUCCCGGGAAUCCCGCCAGGCAGCCCCAGCGACGGUCAGAACUACCUCGCCUUCCUCAAAACCGUCCGGUCCCUUCUACCGGCAGGGGUCUCUCUGUCCAUUGCAGCACCUGCUUCGUAUUGGUACCUCCGGGGCUUCCCCAUCGCCGAGAUGGCUCAGGUGCUCGACUACAUUGUCUACAUGACCUACGACCUCCACGGCCAGUGGGAUUACAACAAUACCUGGUCGGAUCCUGGAUGUCCCAGCCCCCUCGGCAACUGCCUGCGCUCGCACGUCAACCUGACCGAGACGGAGCUCGCGCUUGCCAUGAUCACCAAGGCCGGGGUUCCAGCGAGCAAGAUUGCCGUCGGGAUCGCCAGCUACGGACGAAGCUUCGGCAUGGCAGAGCUUGACGCUCUGACUUCCGGGGCCUCCAGCAGCCGACUGGCGCGCCGCGGCGUCACGACAUGGUACGACAGCAGCAGCGACUCGGACAUGAUGACGUACGGCGACGGCACGUGGGUGGCCUACAUGAGCCCGGCCACCAAGGCCUCGCGCAUCAACCGGUACGCAAGCUACGGUUUCGCAGGCACGGUUGAAUGGGCCGUAGACCUGGCCCAGUUUGUUCUCGGCCAAAACGAGACACACAACGUUGUGUCCGCCACCGAGCAGGUGAGCAGAUUCAAGGCCGCGCUAGCCCUCAGCAACGCCGACAGCUCCCUGUUGGGCACCAAUCCCAACUUCACGGACCUGGCCACGCGGAUUUACGGCUUCGACGGGUGUGACGCGGUGCAGCAAAAAAUCAUCUACUCUGGCUGGCAACAGUCGUGGAAGAUCAUUGACCUCGUGUCCAAGGAAGCUCAGAACGGCAUCGACAUCAACUCGGGGGCUGCGAUUGAAUACCUGGGCGCCCCGGCCUUCAGCAAGGAUUACAAGGCCAAGUUCGAAUAUAUCUUUCAGAGCCUUCGCAAGACGGUACCAGCGUCCUGGUUCAACCCGUUUCCCUGGUACCUGCCGGUCCGGUGUGACGACCCAAAGAACGCCUGUCCAGAUCCUUGCAAAGCGGGGCCCAUGCCCAGCAGGACACUGGCCUACACCUGGCUGAGUGACAGCAAGUACCAGGGAAGACCGAGUAUCAACUUCUGUCCGAAGUAUUUCACUUCCCAGACGCUCGAUGAGGCGAUGAACAACGCCGACACAAAGAAGGAUGUGGACAUCUAUGCCGACCUGAGAAACUACUACCCCAGCCAGGGCGGAGUCUGGACCCACGAGCUGAUGCAUGUCGACUGGGCUACAGGCGUCGACAAAGACGCCAGCCUCAAGCACAUCGUGGAUCUGUGGUUAAAGAUUCUGGAGCCAGACCCGGACAAUCCGGGAGGUUUCAAAUACAGAUUCCGGGAAGCAUACGGCCCUGCGAACACGAAGUCGAUGGCACGCUUUUUCGGUAGCAGCUAUUACACCAUCAAACAUGCCGACAGCCUGACAUUGUAUGCCCUAGCCAGGUACGUGCAAAAGGCGCUCGGAGACAUCUACCCGCAUCUGCCCCUCGCUGGAGACCCACCGGAUGACAUUGGUGGUGCCUUCGUUGUUCCCGGCUACUUCACCAUGGAGCCCAACGGGACGGCGGUGAUGGACCCUUCGGAUGACGGCGCGGCUGCUGGCGACGACCCGGGCGCCUGCAGCACCUACGAUGUCGGCGACUCAACCCCGUCCGACGACGACACAGUCACGCUCAGCGCCAACUUUGCCGCGAAGUCCGACUACCCUGCCGACUACCUGUCGAGCUAUUCGUCGUGGGCCGGUCUGGAGCCCACCACCACGGCAGCGGCCCCGGCGCCGACGAAGACGUGGGUAUGGGGGAUCGCCAUCUACAGCGAGCCUAACUGUACCGGCGACUAUUACUCGCUCGAGGGCCAUAACGUAGACUCGUACACCGACCAGUGCCUGCAGCUACGGGGUAGCCUCCCCAUGUCGUCGGACACAGGGCCCUCUUGCAGAUGGUUUACCGGCGGCGGCACCGUCUGUCGUGGCAUAUCCAUCUAUGGCGGCGCGUGCACGGCUUACGACACUCUCGACUGCGAGCUCAAUGGCCACGCUCAGGGCUACUAUCCAGAUCCUUGGGACGCAGGCUGUCACAACUACGAUGAAUCGCAAUUCGAUACCAAGACCUGGGUGGCCGUGAAAUGUGGCGCUCAGAACGACUGGCCCAACACAGACCUCAAAGUCGCGCCCGUCGAGAGGGUGGUCGCCGAGGUGCCUCCGGCCGUGAACGGGUCGUCUCCGAGCGCCGCCGCCGCGCCCUCCCGGCGUGGUACUCCCACCACAACCGUCACCGUCAGCCGGAAGGUGAACGUGGCCCAGGGUGCCCCCACAUCUCUUGUCAAGGUCACUACGACGAAGACAAGGAAGACUGCGCCGUCGAUGACGGGUGAUCAUCAUUGA